GCAGUAAUCAAUAAAAUGAACAUAGCUUAAGAACAGUAAAUCGUACAAUAAUAGUGUAUAGGUCAAAAUAAAGCUUAUAACAAGGGGGUUAUAGAUAUACAUAAUCUAGUUGCUGAAUAUUUAUACCAUAAUAAUAUAUAGAUAGUAUUAGUCCAUUAAUAGGUCCCAGACGUUACUCGUGAUGUAACCUUCACUAGGAUAUAGCAUAUACCUCAUUGUACAGAGUGGGAUAUAAUCAUGACGCUUGUAAUUUAACUGUCUAGGAGAGAGGAAUCGCUUAACGUGUGCUAUGCUGAAAUGUCGCCAAAUCGAUUGACCAUAAACUUUCAGACAGUAGGUUCACUUAAAAUCAACAAGUCUUCAGGCCAUAAAACAAAAAGAUUGAGCUUGUUUAUCCCUCUCCUGUUUCGACAAUCACUGAAGAAAAUCGAGGCGAACAUGCAAUUUAUCAUUGAGCAUUAAACUCUUUGGUUGUGGUCUGUCAAAUGCGAAACUCUCUUGGUGGGCUUUUGAACGGUGCUAAUUAUGCUCUCCCGUGCUCUUUGUUUCCGUCAUAAAAUGCCCUUCACCAUGUUGUGACCUGUAUCUUGGGUUAAUUAUUUUUAAGGGUUUCUACUACGUAAAAGCGCCAUAUGGCCACAUAAUUGUGAUUUUUCUUGUGUGGCACCUAACAUUUUCGAUAACUUCAUUUAUUUUUCUAAACAUUCAUAUACACGCGAAAAUCUUGUAUUUUAACUCAAUUUUCGUUUGCUACCUCACUUACUAAAAGCGCCAUUUUAUUGUGCUUACUAGCUGGGUCUUAUACCUUUAUUUAUUCAUAUUUAACUUCAUUAAAACAUUUUAUUUUGGUCAUCAUUAUUGUUGCUACUGGGCGAAGAUCUUAUAAAAAAUUUAGUUCAGAAAAUUACAAUUUUUUGUACCUCAACUAUUCCAUGUCCGCUUCUUAUAUUCGUCGUGAUACACUUGUUUCUAAUCCCUGUUCUCUAUCCAUACUUUCUGGGUCAUCUAUAAAUGCCAAUGAGCAUAAAGAUGUUUCAUCACUUUCUACGAUUAGAUCUUAUCCUGAUCAAGCAAUGCCUUUAAAGCAUAGUCCAUCAGGCGGUCAGUUACAACAAGGUAAUCAAGGCAGUAUUCAUUCACCUAAAAUGUCACCUGAUUCAACUCUAAUUCAGCUUUCUACACCAAGUUUUGUUUCUUAUUUAAAUUCCACUACAAGUCUUGGUAUAUCAAGCGGAAAUUCUAUCACAUGCGAUAGUUUUCUUCGAUCAGCACUUUUAUCAGACGGGUUAGAAAAGCAGUGUGUCGGAAGUUCAACAAAUCCUCACGUAACUCACUUUCAUGAUCCAUCUGCGCUACCAAAUAUCCAUCCAUGUUCACUACUACGUCCACGUGCUAUGACAACAUCAAACGCUUCAAGAUCUGGCACACCGGUCGGAAAUACGCCUACAUCUGGCUCUUCAGCAUGUGCAUCUGCCCCAACUAGCACAACUCCUGUUAAAAAGUCUUCAAGGCGUAAUCCUUGGGGUUCUGAGACGUAUUCAGACUUAAUUUCAGUUGCUAUACGUUCUUAUCCAGACAAACAAGCAACUCUACAACAGAUUUAUGACUUCAUAAUUACUCAUUAUGAGUAUUUUCGGGAGCGUAGUGAUCCAACAAGUUCUGCUGGAUGGAAGAAUUCAAUCCGUCACAACCUGUCAUUACAUGAUCGAUUUACGAAAUGUCCAAAAUCAUCAGACAAUACAAAGUCCUCAUAUUGGAGAAUUAAUCCAGACGUAGCCGCUAAGCCAUAUGUGCGUCGACGGGCUUGUUCUAUGGAUACUACCAAUUUAAAGAGACCCGGACCUGGCAAUUAUGGGAAAAUAAAUAACCGAUCAGGUGGUGGUGUUUCUCACCGAACCGUAUCCAGUCAUCCUGGUCAUCGCAUUCAUGUGCCUUCAGCCGAUAGCGACAUUACCAAACCUUCUUUAUCACCUGUUUGUGAGCUACAGUAUCCAGUGGAUAUUAACUAUUCAUCUACUAAAGUUACUGACAGUCGUUCAAAUACCGAAUGCAGUAAGGAUUACAAUGAACCAAAUGUUCUAAAUUGUUUGACUUCAUCUCCAUCUGUUGACACUUGUACCGCAACUAAAUCUAUGAAUUUUUAUCAUUGUUCACAACAAGCAAAUACUACUCACAACAAUGAUUCAAUACCGACUUGUAUCAAUAUUCACUGGCAGAAUGCAAAAUCUUUAACACAUUUAUCGAAUCCUCAGGUAUACAGUUCGAAUCCUCCCAAUGGGAUAUUCAACUCUGGAUUCUCUGGUCUGUCAUGUUCUACUGACCAACCACCAAGUCGAUGUCGAACAAGUGGAUUAAUUGAACAACUGUUGCGUAAUGACCAAAAUGUUGGAGCAAAUAGUAUGUCUUCAUCAAUGCAUACUAUUGAUCGCUUAUCAUCGGAUCAUUUUCCAAGCAAUUCAUUUCUUCCCUGUCACUCAGGUAAAUCAUCUUUUACAGGGAAUAAUUCGAACUUAUGUACUUCAUUACAACAAAUGGAAACAGAUUAUCUUUCUAAUAUAAUGGAUACAACACCUCAAUUAGAAAUUAUUAGACAGCAAUCUUUUCAUCCAAGUGCUCUGUUUAAUCAUAUUAAUUCAUCUCGUGUAUCAUCGUCAGUUGCUGCUGCUCACCAUUUAUUACCUGUACCUCUGUUGACAGAUCACCAUGGUUCUUCUACAGCUACUGCUGCGGCGGCAGCGGCAGCAGCUCAAUCUCAUUGGCAAGCUUAUCGUUCUAAUUUGCACUCAUCAGUUGCAAGUUCAUUCUAUCCAAUACCUCAUAAUACAACGAACUUUAUAUCUCAAUCAUCUACUUUACAAUCAUCAACACCAGUAAAUCAUUUCACAUCUUCAUUUUAUGAUAAUUCACAUUUAAUGCAUACAACAAAUGAUGGAAAACUUCCAUUUUUAAAUUGUUCCGGUAAUUCAACUACAUCUCUAUCACCAUCCAUAACUAAUUCUGUUGGUUCAUCUUCCGGUUCUUGGCGUCAUUCACUUGGUUUAGAUAUGCGUUUGUUAAGUGAUUCACAUAGCUUACAACGAGGAGAUCCAAUUACAUCUUUAUCCACAUCCUGUUCAGGGCAUGGUGGUAUUGAGAAUACGAGUAGAUCAUUAGGUCCAGUAACACCACCUGAUCUUAUGUAUUUUCCUCAAACGACGCUAUUCGGUAUGCCUGAUCAUAAUAUUGAAUCAUCGUUCCUGCAACAACAAACUCAAACGAAACAAGUUAGCCAAAGUGGAAAUCUGAUUUCUGAGCAAUUGUGUAAUUUAGGACGAGCUGAUCGUUCUUCUGUAACAAAUUAUGCAACACAGCAAUCAUCGUCACCAUCAUCAGCUUUUACUUCAAAUCCAGUACAGUCUCGAUCCACUGAUCGUACAUACAGGGAUUUACGACAUUAUGUUGAACCUUAUUCAUCUUACGAUGAUGAUUGUGAACCACUGGAAUUAGAAUUAAGUCUAGAACUAGCUGAUCGAAUUGUAGGAAGUACUGCUACAACGUCAAAUAGUAGUAACCCAAUAACUUCUAGUUUUUGAUGCGCAUACGAAUUAGUGGAUUAAUUUAAUUUGUUCAGGCAUAUUUCUAAGAAGAACAUUUCAUCUAUUUGAUUACUUAAAAUUCAUACUGAAUAGUUGUUACUUAAUGUUAUAUACAUAUUUAUAUUUUCCAACGAAAUUUGAAGGCAGCUUGAAUGAACCUCGAAAUUUAUAUGUUAUGGAUUUUUAUUAAUCCCGUUCUUUCUUAUUGUAUUACCUUAAGAUAACUUAUUCAGAACAUUCUUAUUUUAUUAACUCACUGGUCGUCUUUUUUUACCAAGGAUGAUACAACCUUCUGUAUUUCUGUUUUUGUAGUGUUCGGCUCUGAACUCCAUCUCUGUUACUAAUAUCAUAAUUGAAACCGUAUGUCGACUUAAUUUGCCAGUUCAUAACCAGUUGUCUUUCCAAGUUAGUACAUGUAAACAGAAUAACUUGUUGCAUGUGCUUUCUCUUGCCUAACUGGUAACCAUUCAGGUAUAUAUAUAUAUAUAUAUAUAUAUAUAUAUAUAUAUAUAUAUAUAUAUAUAUAUUAUAGCGCCUAUCAUCCUUAUUCUACUGGAUAACUCGGUCCAAGCUAUUUUGCUGCUUGUGUGUGACUUUUUGUAUGAAGGUAAAUACUCGAACAGUUUGAAUAAUAUGAACCGGUUAUUCACUAUUCAGGUAUUUAUACAAACUUUGGUUUGUUUUGUGCUUGUGUAACGUAAGGCAGGGCCAUUCAUAUUACUUACUACCUUUAUCCCAAUCCGGGUUUUUUUCCAUAUUCUCUCUUGUCAAGUCAGGUAAUAUUUUUUUAGCCCCUUUGUUUUGCUUUGGGUAUUGUUUUUAUGCUGUUUUUUCGUUUAUUUAUUUGUUUAUUUCUUAUUGGAUUUUCUUGAUUAUUGCCACCAUUGUUUAUCUAUUUAUCAAUACGCUUCAAAAAAAUCGAAUAACUACUCUGUUUUUAAUUUUUGUUAAUUAUUUCACCGACCUGUGUGGAUAUGACGUUUAUUCUCUCGUUUUUAUUUAUUUUCUUGCAAAGCUUUCUCCUAUUAUAUUUUUACAUUAAUGCUUAUUAAAGUACGUGUGUAAUGUAUGUGAUCACCAAGCUUAUUAUUAUAGGCUGACUACUAAACAAGAGACAGUCCUUAAUUAACAUUUUCCGUCACCGGUUGACAAGUUAUUAUAUAUAUAUAUCAUCUGUUUAUUAUUAUGCAUCUGUGUAUGCGCAUAUUAUCGGUGAAUUGAUUUCUUAUUAUAACAGCUAUAUGGUAUUUGGUUGUAAUACACUUCUUGAUUCUAUUUUCCUUCACGCUAACUCUUAUAUAUACAUAUGUAGAGAUUUCGAUUCCCCGGCAUUUACACAUUUAAGAUUACAUGAAUGAUAAUUUAGAAAGCAACAAUAAUAAUAUAGUGGGUUGCAUUGAUAACAAGCCAUAAUUUUAAAAUGGAAGUCAAUGGAUUAACCUGGAAAAGCUCGUUUUUCUUUGAUUCUUUGAUCACUUUAUGUUUAUAAUUUUUGUAUUUUUAAUUCAUCUUUUCUAAGUAAUUUCUUGUUUGUACUAAUGGUUUUGACAUUUCCUUUUUUGGAUUAUUCACAUCAUCACUAAAUGUUGUACAUUCGUUGUAUUAGUGCUGCUAUUGUUUAUGUUGGUUAAUCCAAAAACAGCCUAAUAAAAUGAAAGGUAACAGUAAUCUUUUUUUACAUAAAAUCAACAAAUCCGGCAUUUUCUGUUGUUAUCACACAUCAAUUUUUCUUACCAUCCAUUCUUCUGUUCUUUCUACUUCGUUUUUCCAGUACUCGUUCUCUCGUGUGCGUUAACCCAGGUGUUUUUUUUUCUGUUUUUACUUUCCUUCUACACUUUUCAUUGAUGCUUUAUUUGUUCACCCACACUUUUUCCGAUGAUAUUUAUAAGUACUCAAAGUUUACGCUCCUUUCCUUGACUCAUUCAUAUUUUUGACAUAUUUCCUGAAUAAUUUCUCGCAAAAUUAAAUAUUAUUCUUCUCAUUUAAAAGUUCACCUGUUUUUUUACUUCAUGUGUUUAAUCUUUCUUUACUUCUUAAUUUCUAUAACUAAAACAUCAGCAUUACAUCCGUAAGUCCUUUUCGUGAGUAGCAAUUUCGUCUAUACGAUUUCCAAUAAGGAGUUGAUUUUCGAAAACAAGUUGUGGAAUGGUUUUCAUAUACAUAUAUUCCUGUCCCCACUAAUUCACUUCAUACAUAAAUGAGUAGUCAUAAUAAUAUAUAUUUCGAAAAGAAUUACCUAUCAGUUUGUUUAUGUGUCUCUUACUCGAUGUCUAUCAUCAUUUAAAAGAAUUUCGGAGUGAUUAUCAAACUGUCCAAAAAUAAAUAUUACGUCGAAACAUACUCAGUUACUUGUAUCCGGAUCUGUUGAUCAGCACUUUCAAUGUGAUGAUUCUCUCUAAAUUGUUUUUUGCAAGGUUAAUUGCAUCUUGUUUUCAUUGUUUUUUAGUUUAGUUAUUUAUAUUCUGAUUUCUUUGAAACUUGCUUUCGCAUAUUUUAUCGAUAAUUUUCACUUUUAUAAGGUGUUUUUAUAUGUAACUUUGUUUACUUAUAACUGAUUUGUUGUUUACUGUAUAUUGCUUCUAUUUAAAUUAUUUUUAAUUCCAUCGAAUGUAUUCACUGUAUUACUUCUCUUUAUCUUCCUCUUUUGUGCAAAUGCAUACAUAUUGGCAAGGCGAUAGAUUACGUUUUAUAUUAAAGGGUACUUUGUUGAUUUUAAACUUAAUUCCCCCAUUUACGAUUGACAUGUACUUCCUAAUGCUUUUAUUCAAUAAUCAUUAUUACUAUCGUGCUAAAAAGAUAACAAUGAAGAAGCGUUUAAUAACGCGUAAAAUUCAGGAAUUUCAUUUCAAUUUGUUUAUCCUUUCUAAUCAACAUGUAAUGUGUUCAUCUACCUCGUCAGACUGUAAUAGUCUAAUUGUCAUUAAUUGUAAACACAAUAUGUGUAUCCGUUAAGGCAUCUCCAGAGAUUCAUUUAUAGCUUCAAAUAUUCUCUCGAUUAUAACUAUUCUUUCUGUUCACUUAAAUCUGAUCAAUUUCUUUCUUAUUCUAUCUCUUCUUACUCCGGUAUUUCAAUAAUUACUAUUGUUCACUUCAAUGUUGAUUUCUGUCCAGGUAAAUCACUAAAGUUUAAGAAUUUUAUCCACUUACGUGUUUGUUUUCCUUAUAUCAGUUUGACGAGCAUAUCCUACUUAUCUUCGAUGAUAUGCUCAAGCGGCUACUUAUUUUUUCUCUUUACGAGGAGAUCCCUAUCUAUAUAUGCAAGAAAGUGUCCACUCAGGAAUUUGAUCAAGCAUACCAGUUCGCUGAUUAUUGUCAUUAUUUUUUAUUCUUGUCAUUUAUUAAUUUAUCAGUGACAAAAAAGUAUUGUGUGUUGAAGUUAGCACUUAGUUAUUUUGCCUUUCUGUGACAAUGUGUUAAGGGUGCAAUAUACUAAUUGUAUUAUUAUGUUCUUAAGGAUUUGUAGAGUUAUUUGUUCAGUGUUCCCUGGUCUCUUCAUUGUUAUUCAUGUCCGCCGGAAAAAUCUGAAGACUUGAAAUAAAAUUCAAGUCAGCGACACGCAACGUAAAAUCUGGUACAUAUGUGGAUUGGUCCAAAUUAGCCUACCAUAUUAGGACAUGGAGAUGACAGAAAAGUAUAAUCAAUGACAGGAGUGGUAGUAGAACAUUUUGGGCAUAGAUAAUAUGAAUCGAGGAGAAUGAAUGUAUUCUCGGGAUAAAAGUAUCAGACUUUUAAAACUGAGGGAGUAUACAGAUUGAAUGCGUGUGCGACAUUGCGACUUUAAGCCACGUCACAAUAGUCUCGUGGACCUCAACUAGGUAAACUAAACCUACCCACAUGACUCAGUUCAACAGUCAGUAAAUUCAUGUCACUGAACACCUAGCCCGAUUAGACUUCUCGGAUAAGUGAAGUGGUUGACGUGCCUUAUUACUUAACCACGUUUCAUUAGUUAAGACAUUGAUGCAGAUCAGUCGUGAGGCAGCAUUUAGCAUUUAUUGGGAGAGAAAUGCAAACAUACUUGAAUAACUGCCCGGAUGGUCCCGUAUUUCGUCAGCUUCCACACCAAGUGGACCCUUGUUAUCUGCGUAUCCUAAGACAAUAACUGAACUUCACAGCUUUGAACAAUUCUGAAAAACUCAUACAAAGCAUCUCUGAAGUAAUUUCCAUCAUUAUUUGUAAAAAUGAUGUUUUGUCUCAGUCCAUUUAUGUACAAUCUCACCAAUAAAAAACUUGAAUUUCAAAUUAUGUACUAGUAUCGUUGUUGUAGCUAUGUUAUGCCACAAGGAUCAGCACAUCUCCCCAUUAGGGUAUUGGGAUUGUGACAUCAGAUAAAUAAAACAAUGAAAGGCGAUUAAGGAGCCUUCAUUUCUCAAACAAAUAUCACAAUUUUCAUUUUCUUUUAUGGAAAGAAUAUGCAAAAUAUACUUCAUUUCGGGUGCAUAACUAAUGAAUGUGUGUAUUAUGGUCGCUAACUUGACCAUGGAGAAUAAAUCAGUACAGUCAAAAGCUUAAUAUAUUAAUUCUCAACAAUUUUUUUCUAAUGAAGGAAUUUGUGCUCAUCUUUAUCCACAUUGUGAGCGGCCCACACUCUUGGUAAACAUCACCAGGAUAUGGUAAAGAAGACAAAAGAGUAGUGUCUCUAAGAUACCCGUAGAGCAGCAAUUACAAAAUGGCUCCAUGCAGUGAAAAAUCUGAGGCUAACAGUAGCCUAAGAACUACGUGCUAUAAAUGCAAGUCCUGGUCAGGUUUUCAUGGGUUUCUUCGAAAAUUGUCUUCGAGCGCCAUUUUUCGGAAUACUUAGUUCAAUGAGUAUGGGUGCGUAUACCGGCGAUAUGUCAUAAGAACGUUAAUACGGAAAUCAAAGAGUUGUUCGAAUUGAAGUAGGCAGUUGUUACAGUUGUCUUAGUUUUAUGCUUUAAAUCCUGUAUAACGGCCUAUUUUCCCCCCUAUCCCCAGAUGCUUGCAUAUGCAGUAAUAUGAAGACAUGAUGGUCUAGUUGUAUGUUACUUGAUAUCCAGUUAUAUUGUUUGACCAAAGCAUUUGUCGUUUAAUCUGUUCAUCUUUUGAAGUGUACACCACCUCAUCAAGUUUCUAUGAAGUCCCAUUUGAUAAUGUAGUGUACGAUUUGUUGAGGAAAAUUGUUGUUUUAGACAUGGUGAAUAGCUUGUGUCAACACAUUUACAUAUCGGAAAUCAUAGUCCGAAUCAACCUUUCUCUUGAUACUUUGGUCUUGUGGAUAAUCACUAGUGAGCAAGUAAAGAAUGAGUUACAUACAAAAUAAAACUGUACAGAUUGUGUAUCAGUUUAUUUUGUAGGUAAUUUUUUAUCUGACAUAAAAAGUAAUUUAUCAUUGAUAAUUAGUGUUCGUUUACUUAGGAUUAAACUACAGCGUUCAUUCAUAAAAGUAUUAGGGGAAAAAGUGUAUUUUAUAAAUUUGAAAUCAGCUAUGGAUUGCUUUAAUACACUGAUCACAAUUCGUGAACUAUCUUCGUAUUUGAAAGUUUGUGCUCUUUUGAUUUGAACCAUUGAACUAGAUAAAACGUAUAACAUCUCAACCUUACUGCUGAGGAAAUUUUACUACAAAAUCCUGUUUAUUUCUGAUUAUUAUGUUCAUUUUGAUACAACUACGCACCAAAAAAAUAGUAUACACUACACAAAUAUAGAUAUCGCACUGAGAAAUAAAGGAGAGAAGGGGGAGUAAAAUCAAAAACAAAAAGUAAAAUGAAAAAGAAUAGUGUAGUCGCAGAUACAGUUCAAAUAGAAAUACGACCAAGAAAGACUUAUUUCAGAUAAGGUAGUCCCUCUCACUGUUGUGAAGAAUGUAAAAGAGAACUACAGCCGGAUCACCACUAACUUCUAAUCUGACCAUGUUUAAAGCGAUUGAAUUGUAACUGGGGAGUCGUAAUAGACCGACAGGAAGUAGUUCUACACCGCUUCCUUCCAUGCAUAAUACGGAGUCAUGUCAAAAACUGGUCACCUCUCCGCGUUUUCCACCCAGUUCCAGCAUCGAGAAAUACUGGCUGGACUGAGAGAGGCUGCGAUGUUGUUCAAGCUACCGGAGUCGAAAUUUCAUGAGAGUGACGCUAACCAUAUUGAACCUCAGUAUUAUUAAUAUUGUGUUGUCACUGGGUGUCAGAAAUCAUUUGAACAACGACGCUCGAACACAGUGCAUGCGAUUUUUAUAUCAUUAUAAAUACUUCACUUUUGUCAUCGGAUAAUUGUUGGGACGGCUUCCGAGAAUUAUGAACUUAUUUAUUUGAAGACAUGAAUAUUGGUACAAGAGAGCCCCAAUAUAUAUGCGCCGCACAAAACACUGAGAAUUCGAAGAGAAAUAGAAAAAAAAACUAAGGGGCGCAAAAGAAAAAGAGAACAAUGACGAAGAGAUUGGUGUAAUGUAGUGUGGUAGUAAUGAGGGAACGGAAAGUUACAAUCAGAAGAAAUCUUUCAGGUAAGGGAGACAACCACUUUUUAUGAAGAAAGUAAAAGAAGGUUACAGCAGGAUCGCCACUGGCUUCUAUUUUGAGCCAUAUCUGAUAACGUCUGUAGCCACUGUGUAGCACCAUCUCUCAGACCCCAACCAGGGAGUCGUGAAGGACCGACAGAAGCCAGUCCUCUGCAGCUUUCUUUCAUACCACGACGCCAUGUCAUACACUGACCACCUCUCCGCUUCUUCCAACCAGUCCCAGAGUCGGCAAAUAAUGCA